GGCAUAGAAAAGUUCACGUCUGUUUCGCUUGCUUAUUAUUUACGCUGGGUAAAAUGGCAAAACGUGGUGCUCAAUCUGAUCUGAACCAUGACAAUUGGCACGAAGAGGACGAAGCGGAGGAAGCCGGUAAAUUCACUCAGGCCUCAGAGGAGGAAUUGAAGAAGCGCGUUAUAAAAACUGCACGUCGACGCGUUGCCGGCGAAUCAGCUGGUGCUUCCGAAAGCAGCUCCGUGUUCAGUGGCUUUAAGGGGUUCUCGGCGGUGACUUCUACCCCGGCACCAACAGCUAAGGUGGGUGCAGCGGCUGCUGCCAGUCCGUUUUCGUUCCUAUCUAGUCUUACUGCAAGCAGUAAACCAACCAAUGGAACGGCGGCUCCCUUGGCAGCUACUGGUGGAUCGAUCGGAAGUGCUACAACUUCUGCGCUUGGAGCAAGCAUUUCUGCAACGACGGAUCCUAGCAAAAAGAUUUUCGCCGGAUUUGGCAGUCCUCCGAAAGGCGAAGUUGUUCCGGAAACAAAACCAGAAAUUGUUACUAGUUCUGCCGAGUAUGCGGCGAGUAUCAGAGCACUGAACCAAUCGGUUGCUUCCUGGAUAUCGGAAAAGGUAAAGGAGAAUCCUAUCUGCAAACUAUCUCCGAUAUUCAAGGAUUACGAGAAAUAUCUAAGUGAAAUUGAAAUCAAAAAGGGAAAAUCGGAAGUGAAAGAUUCAGGUACAUCUUCAACGGGCGCAACAACUAGUGGAUUUUUAUUUGGAAGUACUUCCCCUGUUGCUCCCGCAACAAACCAGCAGCAAGCAGCUACAAAACCGUUCAGUUUUGGUUUUGGUAGCACAUCGGGGGUUACUCCGUCGGCUACUGGUUUUACAUUCGCAAAUGUUGCUAAGCCGAUAGACAGCACUACGGAAGCAGACAAAACGGAAGACGCUGAAGAUGAGGAAAAUCCCCCGAAAGUGGAGUUCACUCCGGUUGAAGAAAAGGAUAGCUUGUAUUCAAAACGUUGCAAACUGUUUGUGAAAGCGGACGGCAAGUACUCGGAUCGGGGUAUUGGAACAUUGCACAUAAAAAAGGUCGAUUCAAAGGUUCAAGUAAUUGUUCGGGCCGACACUAAUUUGGGUAACAUUUUACUUAAUAUUGUACUGAAUGAAGCUAUUCCGCUGCAAAGAAUGGGCAAGAAUAAUGUGAUGAUGAUUUGUUUGCCAACAUUGGAUUCGAAACCACCGCCGACAUCGGUGCUGCUGAGGGUUAAGACGGAAGAGGAUGCGGACGAACUGUACGACACCUUAAAUAAAUACAAACCCAAAUAAAUCCAGUUCGAAAUUUUGAUUGAUCACUUUCGAUUGCAA